GACGGAAGCGACGAACCUGGGACCGCUGCCUGUGCGGGUCGGCCUGGCGCAGACGAAAGGUGGUUCUACUGCCCGAACUCGGCCGGCACCCCGAGAUAUGUGUACAGCUCUCGCGUCGGCGAUGGGAUCUGCGACUGUUGUGAUGGCUCUGACGAGUGGCAGUUGCCCGGAACCUGUCAAGACCUUUGCGAAGAGCAGGGCCGAGCCAGGAAGGCUCGCCUGGAGCAGCGCCGGGCCGAGAUGGAGCGGGGCAUCCGAAAGCGCCAAGCCGCCUUGGCCGACGCGGAGGCGGAGGUGAAGGAGUGGACUGGCAAGCUGGCGGUCCUGGAAGCGGAAGAAGCUGAGCUGCUGAAGAGCCUGCAGGCACGUCAGGAGAUCCAGCGCCAAAAGCGAGCUGCCGUGGUCAAGGAGGCAGAGCAAGCUGGCCGGGAGGUGGCGCCAGACUUGGCCCCAGAGAGCAAGAAAGUCUCGGAGUACGCCAAGUGGAUGGAGAAAGGAGACUCCGCCUCUGAAGAGGCAGGCGCAAGUUCCUCCGAGCAGGUCUGCAGCGACAAGGUUUGCAUCGCGAGAGCGGCUGUCGCGCGGAGGGAGCUGCGCCAGAUCAAGGUGAAGAGUGGAGCCCUCGUGGACUUCGUGGAGUUCGUCUACGCCUCGGGCGAGCCUUCGGUGGUCGGAGAGGGCAAGGGCGAGGAGCAGGAGCCCUUCGACCUGGAACCUGGCGAGGUUUUGGUGGAGAUCAGGGGCGCUCAGGGCGGACUUUUGGACCGGAUCCAGUUCGUGACCAGUCGCGGCCGGGAGUCCAAAGCCUAUGGCGGUAGUGGCGGUGACUCUUUCAGCUUCAAGGCCAGCGACGGCAAGAUGAUCGUCGGCCUUCGCCGCGCUGUCGGUCUGGCUGGCCGAGUCACUGGCAUGGAAGAAGCCCUUUUCCGUCCCUUGACGCCUGCAGAGAAGGAGCUGGAAGAUGCCAUGGGACUCGUGCAGGAAGCUGAACGUGGCCUCAGCGCCAAGGCUGCGUCGAUGCAGGAGCUGCAAGGGAAGAUCGAGUUGGCUGCGGGCGCCCACGCGGCCUACCAAAGCCUCAACGAGUGCGGCACUGCCCAGCUGGGUCAGUACAACUACAAGAUUUGCCCCUUCGGUGAGGCGACACAGGGUCAUGUCCGGCUGGGCCGUUGGAAGGGCUGGGCGAGCGACGCCCGGCAUGUAGGCCUUUUCGACAACGGAGAACGCUGCUUCUCGGGCAUCGUGCGCUCCCUCCGGGUGCAGUUCGAGUGUGGAGAGAAGCAUGUUGUGGAGACCGUGAGGGAGCCGAGCCAAUGCGUGUACGAGGCGACCAUGACGCAUCCAGCCGCCUGUGAUCCCAGAGAUUUCGAGGAAAGCGAUCGAGUCCUCCAGCCCCAUGAGGGGCAUGUGGAGCUGUAA